CGCCUCUUUGCUUCGCAGCAUUCCAGCCAACUUACACACAAAUACCUGCCUCAAGCAACAACACACCACCCAACACUCAUUCAAGAUGAAGUCCACCAUCUUCCUUGCUAUUGCCUCUGGCAUCAUCUCCGGCGUUGCUGCUGUCGAUGAGGACAUCAUCCACGUUGGAGACACCAACCCCAUUGAGCCUGCUCUCGAGCUCACUACUAUCCUUGAGGGUCCUGGCGCUCUCAUUCCCACCUCUGUCGGUGGCAACGGUGUCGCUGUCAUCCAGUCCACUGUUUGUCGCCCUGUCACCACCGAGACCUGCGAGGUCAUGGACUUCACCUCCACGUUCCCGGUCUCCAAGACCACCUCCGCCCUCUCUUCUGAGGUCACCACCUCCUCUGUUACUGAGCAUGUCACUUCCAAGACCUCUGAGGUCGCGACCUCCUCUGGCACCAAGGUCACUCAGUCUUACGAGUCCACCGGCACCGUCCAGACUCCUAGCGCUUCCGCCGCUGCCAACAUGGAGUCUGAUGUCAACGGUUUCUGGGCCGGCAUCGCGCUUCUGAUGCUUCUCUGA